GAUAGGGACAUCAGUACGGCUAUUGCAAUGAUGACAGCGCGCCAAAACCUGUGAGUUUUUUUUUUAUCAUCAAGCGGGAACGUCAUUCGUCUAUAAUAGUGAUAAAUAUUGUCCGACAAAAAGAAACGUAAUAAUUUUCUGUUAUAUUCCACAUGUUUUCCUACAAUUGACGGUGCAUUUUGCGCCAAAUGCUACGUUUAAGAAGAAUCAUUUGAUUUGUGAAUCGACUGUGCGCCACAUAAACGACGGUAGAUCACUGGUUAGCUACAAAAAUCAAGUAAAAAGGAGAGGUCAAACAUAAUUGGCGCCAUUUUUCGUGUUCUCAAUUUAAUUUUCGUUUCGCGUAUAUACACACAUAGAAUAUAUACAACGGAGGUGUAGCGAAGUUCAUUGCUUUUGUUGUCGGUUUUGCACGAGCAAGCAAAACGAAACAAGAGGCUUACUAACAAUAUAAAAUCAAAUCGAGUGAAAGAAUUGGAAACGCCACAACGCAUCGAAACAAAAUAAAAGACACACACACACACAAAAUAAUACAAUUUAGUGCAGUUUUAGUUUAAAAAAUGUUGACGAAUGAAUCGAGCGAUGAGAUCGACGACAGAAUCAAAAGCAAAUAUGUACAUAUUUGCGAGCAAUUGGAAAUCGAUGACUCGAUAGUGGAAUCAACUUGGGACAAUUACCGAUCCAUUCGCAAUGAUCACACGCUGGAGGGCGGUGAGAUUCAGUGGCUUUGCUGCGCGCUCUACGUCAACCUCACAGAUAAAUCGAACGAACUGUCGGAGAUUUCUUUAACAAAACUACUUCGUUUGUGCAAUAUAAAAAUUUAUGAGUUUUUAAAGAAAACCGAACAAUGGUUCAGUAUUCCGGGAGUCAGCACAUCGAGUGAAUGCCGUGAACGAUUCAAGCGGCUGCGAGCGAGUUUGUCCGUAUCGAUAUUGUCUUAUGAAAAAUACUCAUCAAUUUUCUGUGAAUAUUUUACGAGUCCAAAUAAUUCGGAGGAGGCUGCAUUGGCAGCCGCUACAAUAUCCACACCGCAAAAGGGGAAAAAAUCCAAGCAGGCCAACAAGUGCACACCAAACAAUGUCUACGAAUUUUGUUGGUAUCUUUUCAUAUUGGCGCAGGGUGAGAAUCCAGAGCAUUCCAUCGAUAUAGUGACAUCGUUUCACAUGCUGUUGUGCUGCAUUGAUCUGAUAUUUGCAAACAUUGUGGCCGACAAGCGUGACGAUUUGCUGAACAUGAAAUUUGGACCGGCCGCCGCCGCACUGAGCAAGGACAAAAAAUCCGCCGACACCGAACCGGUUUCGAUCAUCAAAGAACUGUGCCAACAGCAAGAGGCUCCCGAAAUUGAUGCCCUCGAAAUCAAAUCACACAACUGGAAAGAGUUGAUGCAGAAAUUCUUCCGCGAUAAUGUUCUCAAAGGGAAUGCCAACACUUUUUUGGGCAUUUUAUCGGCACAAAACCACGACAGCAACAUAAAAUCGCUCAAGAAACAGUAUGAAGCGUACAUUCGACGCGAUGGGAAAAUUGAUGAAGGCAUCUUUUUGCUGCAGGCACCAAACGACAGUGUAUCCGAUCCAAAAACUCAUUCACAAAUCAUCAAAACAUUGGCACCCGACACGCCACUCAGUGCAAGGCACAAUUUGCCGACCCGCGAUCCAAUCCUAGCAUCACCGGUUUCGAACGCGACGCAAAAUGUCAAUCGAUUGCAUCAACAUUUGAACAGUUCGACAGCCGAACCCAGCAAAAGUUUGAAAGAUCUCUUCAAGACUUGUGGAGUCAAUCCACUGCCCGAAAUCGAAGCAAUUCAGAAAUCGAUGCGAGAAAAAUUCCUCAGCGAGUUCAGAACAAACUCGGCCAGUGAUCGAUUCGAGUUAGCGGUCAAACUCUACUAUAAUUUGCUUGAAAAGAUCAUUCGCAAGGAGAGAAGCCAAAAGCAGAACUUUCAUCCGAACAUUUUGAAAAAUUCAAGAUUCCAUAUGAUGCUAAUGGCUACAUCGGUUGAAAUCGUUAUUUAUGCAUACGGCGCCUCUCAGAAAUUCCCAUGGAUCCUCAAUUGCUUUAGAAUAAACGCAUUCUAUUUCUACAAACUGAUCGAAAUUAUCAUAUCUAAUGAAGAAGGCAUUUUAAGCCGUGAUCUCAUCAAGCAUUUGAAUGCUAUCGAGGAACAAUGCCUUGAAUCGCUCGCUUGGGAAAAAGACUCACCGUUAUGGACAGAGAUAAAUGACUGGCUUUCUCGACAUCAUUCGUUACCAAAGCAAGAAGACACAAUCAGCAGUUCGAUUGGGCUAUUCUUUCGAAAAUUCUACAAAUUGGCAUUUGUACGCAUCGAAAAGUUGGCCACCGACUUGGAAUUGAAAGGCAAUCAAUAUCUGCAAAAGAUUUGGACUACGUUUGAGUAUUCCAUUUUGCAUCGCAUUGAUCUCAUGAAGGAUCGUCACUUGGAUCAGCUUAUCAUGUGCUCUAUUUAUAUAUUUGCUCGUGCACGAAAUUUGCCAACUAAAUUCAAAGACAUCAUGUCCGCGUAUCGUACACAACCGCAGGCGGAGAGCAACAUCUAUCGAGAAGUGUUGGGAACGGACAACAAUCGUUGUGACAUCAUCGAUUUUUACAAUCGAAUUUAUGUGCAUGAUAUGAAGGAGUUUGUGUUGCGCUUGAGGGCUUCAGAUGAUGUUACAUUAUCACCAUUACCGGUCAACAUUCGAGCCCAACAAUAUCCCCGCAAAAUCUCACAGAGUCACAGCAUCUACGUGCAGGAACUACAGAGCAAUGAGAUUCUACAAUCACCCGAUCCAAUCGCAUAUACAUUCAUCUCAAGCCCUAUUCAGAGCUUCCGAAAGAUUGACCCAACGGGUGAUGAGCACAACUCGAACGGUAAACGAACUUUACCGUUCAACGGUGGUGGCGAACAACAAGAAAAAGACGCCAAAGAUCAGCCUGAAAUCGUCCCAUACACAAACAAAAAACUACGAAGUCUGAUGACCGACCGUCAAGAGAAAGCCGACAAAUAAUAAACAAUUGCAACAAAUAUGAACCAGAGAGAGAAAGAGAGAGAGAGAGGGAGAGAGAGAAACUACCAACCGAAAUUCUAUAUUCCUUCAAAAUAAUCAGAAUACAUAUGUAACAGUAAUACAAUACUUGAAGUAAUUGAUAAGACAUACACCUUCUAUGUAGACAUUGCUUGCACCCGACUUGCACCACACACAAUUUUAAAGUAAAUUUUGCGCCCGUUUUAACUUCCCAGCGGAAGUUCGAUUUCAGAAUCUAUAUUCAAAUUGAACACUACAUUUUGUAUUACAAAAUCUCAAUACAAAUGCAUGUCUUUUUGAAUUUUAUGUAACGACAAAAUGCAUGACGUUACACGAUUUUGUUUUAGAUAUUCAUUUAUUUUAAUUUUUUAAUUGUACAACGAGAAGAAAAUGAGUGAGAGGACGAGAGAAAGAUAACUGAGAGAGAUAAAGUAGAGAGCAUUUGCAUACAUUUAGCUAAAAUCUUUGCUAUAAUUUAUUUUAUUAACACAAUAUUAUACAAAUGAUAUACAUAUUUUUUUUUCUUCUUCUUCAUGGAUAAAAUGUCACGAUUGAAUUGAUUGCUUCAGUGAACCUUUCGAUUCAGUGUUUUUUUCUCCUUUUAAUUUCAUACUGGUAUUUAAACACAUUGACACAGAGUUUGAAAAAGAAAUAAAAAAAAAGAAAAGUGAUUUUAUCUAUAAAA